AUCCAUGGUUUGCUUCAUACCACACAGUUCAGAAAAUCUACUCAUCUUCGCAUAUUUCUAGUCAGCAUCUCUAGCCCGUACCAUCUUACACCUUCUUGUCUUUCAUUGUUUCUUAAUAGGAUGUUGUCUGCUUCAUCUCGUGCAGCCCUGCAGGAGUUGCCUCUGGAGCAAUUUCUAGUACCUCCAGACUCAAACCUAACCGUCACCCCAUCCAAACGCACUACUCGCUCCAACAAGCGACCUCGUUCUCCAGCAGUGCCAAGCUCUUGUAGUCCCGUAAAACGCCGAAUUCUUUGCGAAGAGUCGCUCGUUUCACCGACGUUCCGUUCGCCCUUCUCUUCGAACAAAAGCGGUAGAUUUUCGCCCUCACGCUUUCAUGAAUUGCUCCUGCAAGGACCCGAUAGUCCAGUGAAGAAGUUGGACUUCGGGAAAGGAGAGGAGAAUGUGGAAAGCGUUUUUCCGUCUGGCAUGAAGGUGUCCGUCCUUUCACGCCGCUCACCACGUAAUACCACGCCACUCCGCUCGGCAGCGGCCUCCAAAUCCAAGGCAUCCACACCCAAGUUCUCGUCGCGGCACCCCACUUAUCGCACGUCGAAAUCAUCGCCUGGCGACAUCAAGAUGGAGGACAGCUUCAGUCCUUUCAUCGCCAAAGCGCCGUCGCCACGUCCAUCUCCGCCACUCACAAUUCCACGUAAGGUUGCUCGCCCCGAUCCUCAUUCCAUUCAUUAUCCUGGAUUUGACGUUCACCUCGAUCCAUACGACUAUGUUCCUAAAGCAAGCGCCACCGCACUGACAGACGACAUGGAUGAUGGAUCAGAUCUGCCAGCAGAGAAAGCCAAAAGGGCUAAGGAGGCAGAUAAGGAAAACAUCCCACCUCGCAGGCGAACACAGAAAUUAGUCGUCUCUACGGAGGCCUCUUCGAAAGGAGAAUUACUUCCUCCAUUCGAGGAGGUGCUCAAGAGCGGACAGAACACCCCGGUUUCUGGAACUCCGCGUGCUAAAAGGGUUCGUGAACUCACUGGCGUAUCCGAUACUGCCCUAGUUUUCACCUUGCCGUCUCCGCGAGUCCUGGAUGGACGGGGUAGCUCUAUUCCGAACCUGCUGAAGGGCUCUGGAAGAGGCUUUUGAACAAGGGUGGGGACAGGUCAUCGUCGGAAUCAAAUUCUUAUCAUUCGCUCAUCGUACUGUCGACACUAACGUUUUAGAUAUGAUUUCCUUUUUUUGAUGACUAUCGUAUAUCUACUCAUCUCUCUCCAUCUCUUCGCACUGCGCAUUUACAUGUGUUCCACGUUAUCGUCCAAAGCAUCAAUAUCACUUACAUACUGCGUCUGUCCACACAUCAUCUCAUUUUUCUUCUUGGUUUGUAGUAUAUCUUCAGCAUUGAUCUGACUAUUCUAUACCUGUUAUCCCCUUACAUUACCAGUUAUCACAUACUCUUGUAUAUUUCGACAUGAAAUAGCACCCAAACACAUAUGUUCUAUGCCAUCUAAUGCAUGAUGAUUCUGCAUACUGUAUUC